GAAAAUUAAAAAUUAAAAAAUUAAAAGAUAAAUCUAAUUGGCCGUUCUAUGUUCAUAUAAAAACACUACCUACCUACCACUCUCUUAAUUUCUGGUUUCCUUUUCCGAUUGCAAUCAUUUGUUUUUCUUCUCACUUAGUUGAACUUCUCUCCUCUGAGCAAUGGCGGGGCAAAUCUCGACAGUGAAGUUGGGAAGUCAAGGACUUGAGGUUUCGAAGAUUGGCUAUGGUUGCAUGGGCCUAACUGGAAUGUACAACUCUGCCCUCCCUUUGGAAGAAGGAAUCGAAAUACUUAAAGAGGCGUUCGGUCAGGGCAUUACUCUGUUCGAUACUGCUGAUGUUUACGGUGCCAACUUUGCAAACGAGUACUUAGUAGGAAAGGCGCUGAAGCAGUUACCCCGUGAAAAAAUUCAAUUAGCGACGAAAUUUGGUUUCUUUUCGUUCGGGCCGGAGGGAAUUAAAAUUAAAGGUACUCCCGAGUAUGCGCGGUCUUGCUGUGAAGCUAGCUUGAAACGUCUCCAAGUCGAUUAUAUUGAUCUUUAUUACAUACACAGAAUUGACACAAGUGUUCCUAUCGAGGAAACUAUGGAAGAACUCAAGAAAUUAGUCGAAGAAGGUAAAAUUAAGUACAUUGGUUUGUCUGAAGCUAGUGUAGACACUAUAAAGAGGGCACAUGCUGUGCAUCCUAUAACUGCAUUGCAAAUGGAAUAUUCCCUUUGGACUCGUGACAUCGAGAAAGACAUAAUUCCUCUUUGCAGGGAACUUGGGAUUGGUAUAGUUGCAUACAGUCCGGUUGGUCGUGGGCUUUUCGGCGGGAAGAAAGUUGUGGAAAGCAUACCUCAAGAAAGUGCCUUGCAAAACCACCCGAGAUUUACGGGAGAGAACUGGGAAAAGAACAAAGCUAUCUAUUUUCGCUUAGAAGAAUUGGCUAAAAAGCACAAUUGCACGCCCGCUCAACUCGCACUCUCGUGGGUUCUUCAUCAAGGAGCUGACGUUGUACCUAUUCCAGGAACGACUAAGACGAAGAAUCUUGUGGACAAUGUGGGUUCUGUGAAUGUGAAACUGACGAGCGACGAUCUGAAAGAGAUUUGUGAAGCUGUUCCGAUCGAACAAGUGGCGGGAAAGAAUCAAGGUGAGGCUCUUUAUAACAUUUCUUGGAGAUUUGCUAAUACACCACUUCGAAAAAACGAGUAAGAGCAAAGUGUAAUGCAGUGCUUGGAAGAUUUGUUGCUCGGGUUUUAUAGUUUUAUUCUCGGAUUAUUAUGUCAUAAAUAUGCAUUUUACUUUUGAUUUAAUGAUUUCAAGUUCAUAAAGUUUGUUUGGACUGAUUCUCAUUUGACAAUAAAAUUUAAAUAUUUAGCUCUUAU